UCAACUCAUAGUAAACUCUUUACAACCUUGAGAAAAAAAAAGAAAAAAACCCCUACUCCAACUGCUAGAGAGUACACAACACACUUGGAUGUGCAUCAUAAAUUCUCUACAUUAGGUUACAAGCUCCAGCCUGAGCUCCAAAGCCAAAAUGAGAUUAUCUCUGCACACGGUCAUCUGCUGCUGUGUUUUCACCGCCGUCCUGCUGCUGGUGAAAGGUGCCACAGGGGAGCUCAACACCAGCCCGAAAAAAAGGGUGAAACGAUGUGUGCAGCGCCGCAUGAAGAGAGAACUGUGCAACAGCUUCCUGACAGCCAAUGAGCAGCGUGCUAACGUCAGUGUUGCACCGCAGCAGGACGAGAGCGAGAAGACUGUCCCACCUCCAUCAAGCACUGAGCUACAUGUCAGACCCAGGAGGUCGACCCAGACCAAAUCAGCCGGCUGCGUCCUCGUCACGUGUGCGUACCAGGAGCUGAUCCACCGGCUGCACAUACUCCACAACGAGCAGAAAGAGCGCAACGCCCCGUGGAUAAAGAUCGGCGCUACAGGCUACGGACGGCGCCGCCGCUCACUCCUGGAUGUCGCUCGGCUCGCUCUCCAGACAGCUUCCAAUGUGAGCUCGGCAGAAAAAGACUGACGAUCUCUGAAAUAUCCACGAACCGAGGAACCGAGGCUGCGACGGGGACGAUUCUUUCUAAAUAAAAACUGACAUUAAAGGACUUCAAACUGCCACAUGCAGGCUUUUUUAAAGUGAUCUGGAUGUGGUGAACUGCUUGUGAAGUGCAAUUUAAAACAAUAUGUACUCGGCCUACACAUAGUUAAAAAUAUAUUAAAUCAGCUUGUAUGAAAGGAAAUAUAAAAGCUACCUUAUUUUAAAGCAAACAAUACAACUAUAUUUUUAUACUGCCAAAAUACAUAUUAUCUUUUUGGAUAUUUAACUUCAAUGAAGUAUCUUAACUGUGUAAAUAAUUAUCUUGUCUUGUAUGCAUUUUAUUUUUGUAACACUAUUGUGAUGAUUCAACAUUAUUGGACAUUAAUCAUGUUACAGAUGCUUUGAAUACGUUUAUUUGGAUUGUGAAUGUCUUAAGAACUGCAAAGUCAUCUAGUUUUUGGCUGGGUGUAUUAGAGAGUGAUGGAGAGGCUGAAGAAGAAGAAGAAGAAGAGUUGAUGAGGUGAAUAAAAGUGCUGUGCUGCCAUCUAGCUUUACAGUAAGAGACAUGUAACUAAAGCAGGCAGAGCUGUUUGAAAAUGAGCAAAGCACCUACUGUGGUCAUGCUGUGUUUUAUCUGAAAAGACUUAAAAGUUUUGAAAUGUAUCUGCUUCUUUAUCUGAAUGUAAUAAAUCCUUAUUUACUCAUAAUUCAGCUGCAAUGACUCGAUGUGGUAUUAGAUAACCUGAUUUAUGUCUUGUUGCAGUGAACGUGGCAGGAACUGUAAUAGUUUUCAGCUGGCUGUGACGUCCUCGUGUUGAAAUAAUGAAUGAAUGCAACAAGAAUUUCUAACUUUUUCUGUGACCUAAUGUCAAAUAUUCUGCUUGUGCACGCAUGUAACGUUGUAAGGAGGCAACACAAUUAAUGUGCCUUGUCAUUUUGUGAUGGUAUGUGCAGUAAAAACCCUGAUUAAAUCCUGUGUUCUAUGAAGUCCA